AUGUCCAGCGACCCGAGGACGACUACGUUCCGUGGAUCCAGCAACGACUUCAACUUGACUGGGCUAUCACUGCAAGUGCCAUACUACCGAGAAGCCUUAUACACCAUUUUGGACUAUCAGGUAGAGACUGCCGAAGACAACGGCGGUGGCGGCUCGGGCUCUCUGAACGGGAAGGGCAAGAAUGACUUGCCUAACAAGGCAUUACUAUCACACUCAGCCGAGCUUUUGUAUGGUCUCAUACACGCACGCUACAUCGUUUCAAAGGGCGGCAUGACCGCCAUGGCCAGCAAGUUCGAGCGUUCCGAAUUCGGCAUUUGUCCUCGUUACUACUGUGACGGCAUGCAUCUUAUUCCCGUCGGGGCCACCGACAUACCGGGCCAGGAGACCGUCAGGUUGUACUGUCCCUGCUGCAACGACAUCUACUUGCCGCUGAGCCUGCGCUACUUGAAUAUAGACGGGGCGUACUUUGGCACCACUUUCCCCGGCUUGCUUGUCAAGAUGUUCCCAGAAAUCGAAAAUCAAUGCAAGCUUCGGAUCAAUAAGGUCAACCAAGACAACUUUGGCUUGCGCUUGUUUGGCUUCCGAAUCCAUGAGUCCAGUGCCAGCGGGCCUCGCAUGAAAUGGUUACGGCAGUUCCCCGUGGGGCCUGAAGAAAAGAAGGAGUUUGACGAUUGUGAACUCACCAUACCGACUGUGGUUGACAGCGACUACGAGAUUACCGCUUCCGAGGACCUCCAGGGCGAGGCCGAUCUUGACGACGACAGAACGAUGGCCAGUGAGGGCAUGUAG